AUGGCGCUCAAAGUACUGUCUGCACUCGAUGGAGCGGCAACGCAGCUUUAUCAUUUCAGCGCAAUACUUAUAGCAGGCAUGGGCUUUUUCACGGACGCUUACGACUUGUUUUGCAUCCCGCCCGUUUCCAAUUUGCUUGGAAAAAUCUAUUACAAGAAAGAUAAUGGCGGUCUCUUACCCAUUCAUGUAAAAGCUCUAGUUAACGGAACAGCUUUAUUCGGAGCAUUGGCUGGCCAACUGUCCUUCGGAUGGCUUGGGGACAGGAUGGGGCGAAAGAAGGUCUAUGGAAUUACUCUCAAGUUGAUGGUCGCCACUUCGAUUGCUUCGGGCUUCUCCCUUGGCAGCUCUCGCAAGUCUAUAUUAACAUGCUUAUGUUUUUUCAGAUUCUGGCUAGGGUUUGGCAUUGGCGGGGACUACACACUCUCUGCAACAAUCAUGUCCGAAUACGCAAAUACAAAGACCAGAGGAGCUUUUAUGGCUGCUGUAUUUGCAAUGCAAGGACUUGGAAUUAUUGGCGGAAGCAUAGUUACUAUAAUUGUGAGCACCUGGUUUGGAACAGGAAGCUCAAUUCCAUCCUAUAAGCAGCAGGACAUGGUGUGGAGGAUAAUCCUGAUGUUUGGAGGAGUUCCUGCGGGCUUAACAUAUUAUUGGAGAAUGAAAAUGCCGGAGACAGCCCGUUACACGGCGCUCGUGGCUGGAAACGCAAAACAAGCUGCAGCCGAUAUGUCUAAAGUUCUUCAUUUCGAUAUUGAAGAAGACGAAGACAGUAUUACAAGGAUCAAGACUUCGGAGAAGCAAUUUGGAUUGUUUUCCAGGGAUUUUGUAAAGCAUCAUGGGCUACAACUGCUGGGCACCGCAUCCACUUGGUUUUUCGUCGACGUAGCAUUUUACAGGAGUAAUUUGUUACAGAUUUACUUAUACCGCAGUACAAGGUUGUUGAAGCAAUCGUCUGAAUAUAUGAAUCCGGUGUAUGAAGUUUUUCGCAGUGCAGGAGCGCAGGCGUUGGUUGCCUUGUGGGGAACUCUGCCGGGAUAUGUAUUCGCCAUUUUUCUAGUAGAUCGUAUUGGCCGACGUACAAUUCAGCUUGUUGGGUUUCUUUUUAUGUCGGCGUUUUUAUUUGCCCUUGUCUUUUGGGAAAGUAAAUCAAAAGGAGUAUUUUUAGCGUUUUAUUCUCUGACAUUUUUCUUCGCUAACUUUGGCCCAAAUACAACGACUUUCAUUGUCCCGGCGGAGUUAUUUCCUGCACGACUCCGAUCAACCUGCCAUGGCAUUUCUGCAGCUGCAGGAAAAGCAGGGGCCAUAAUCGGAGUAGUCGGCUUAUUGUAUGCAUCGCAACCCAAGGACAAGCAGCAGGACCCAUUUGGUGUCGGACAAGAAGACCGUCGGAGCGGCAUAGGACAGAGAAACGCAUUGAUUGUUCUUGCAGUGGCAAGCUUCCUGGGUUUUGUCUGUAGCUUGCUGAUACCUGAAACAAUGGGAAGGUCUUUGGAGGAUAACGAAGUACAAGUAUCUCAAUCCACAGCUGAAGUAGAACUCCAGACUGAAACUUAG